GUCGGAUUCUGUCAUUUGAUGUCAAAGCGUUUGUUCCUCACAGAUCGAAAUAUCAGCGGCUGUGCGCAUUCAAUUCGUCCCGAACUCCCGUCCGCCCAUUUUUCCGGACUAUCUUUUAGCCGCCGAGCGAUUUCAAAUUAGUGAAGUUUUUUCCUUCCUACUCUUCUACCGCCACCAUCUCCGGAAGAGAGACCACACCAUUCAUCCCUUUUGCAAUUUUACUUGAUUUUCCUCUCAUCAUAACCAUACAUAAAAGAUGCCAUAUUCCCUGGACGGUUUAAACAUCGUUUACACGCAUCAACCAGCUACUGAUAACAACGACUUGUUAUCUGGAGCUCCCCAAUCUGAUCUUUCUCUCGAAAUAUGGGACCGACUUCCCUUUAAUCUGGAAGACGCACAGGAACAAGGCUUAUCGGAGGAGAAACAAGAGGUGAAAAAGAGCAGCGAAGGACGGGAAGAGGAACAUCAUUCUCUGGACCAAGGCUCUGCUUUCCCUUCGUUCAAUGGUAUUGUGUGGGGACAGCAGAAUACUCAACCGCCCAGCCAGACUCAACCUUCAUUUGCCCCGGCGUUGCCAGGCAAUGUCGAUGCUAUCCAGCUUCUUCUGUCCACUCUAAUUCAGCAGCAGCAGCAGCAGCAGGUGCCCCAGCUUGGGAAUCUGUCUCUCACUCAGCUAAUGGCCCAACAGCAGUCACUGGGACUUCCUCCUAGCUUCCUUACUACUGCCGCUUCCUCGGCACCUGCACCUCCUUCUGCUUCUGCACCCACGGCUCAACUAUCAUCCACGAGACGCUCUGCCCCUGAGGAAAUAUCUCCCCCACCUCCGGCAAAACGUGCUCGAUCUCGUAAAUCAUCUAUGUCCGUCUCUUCACCCGACACUCCUGUCGACUAUACAGCGUCUCCUGAAUCUACUUCUGCCACGACUACACCUCUAUCUGCGUCUGAGGAUAAGCGUCGGCGAAACACUGCCGCCAGUGCUCGGUUCCGUCAGAAGAAGAAGGAACGCGAGGCUGCAUUGGAAACUAAGGCAAAGGAAUUGCAGGAUCAGGUUACUGGGCUUGAGAAAGAAUGUGAGACGCUCAGAAGAGAGAAUAAUUGGUUGAAGGGCCUGGUCGUUGGUGUUACGGGUGCUGGUGCUGCUCAGAACUCUCAGGCAGCGACUAACUAGCUGGGACAGAGGAAUGACGGUGGGUCUUUUCUUGAAAUUCGUUUCCUU